CGGAAGGAAGCACCUCCCGUCAAAUUCGGCAAACAUGGAUGGCAUCGCAGGGGCUGCAGUUAAUUGAACUGAGGAGCUGUACGGCGCUUUCAAUCAGCGUUCCUUCUGUGAACCAUGUCGACGACCUCUUCGUGCGUGCAACGCCUGUGUUGUGUUUCGUGGUGUGUUCUACUGCUGCACAACUUUGCCAUAGCACUGCCCGAGACCAUCUAUAUCGGUGCCCUAUUGGAAGACGACCGCGAGGACCGGGAGCAGGAGUUGGCACUGCGCUACGCCAUCGACCGCAUCAACAACAACAACGCCAUCCUGCCAGCGUCGAGACUGCGGCUACUGACGCAGAGGUUGCCGCCCGGACACUCCUUUCACGCCUUUAAGACAGUGCAUCACAAUGUGCCACAUAGUUUCGUCGGCACCAUCACAAACACGACACACCACACUCCCGUGCUCACUGUCAAUAGCCCGCUGGCGUUUCAGUGUGCGCAGUGCCCCAGCAUGCGCCUCGAAGAGUAG